GGUACACGGUGACGGUACAGCUCUUGUUAACCGAGCAGCAAGCCGUCACCGUGCCGAAAUGGGGAAGGGGCUUUCCAUUUGGCAAGCCGCUCGCGCAGGCAACCGCGAAGAAAAGCUCCACCUAGCAGCGGCUCAGUCUGCCUGUUGGACGCAACCGGGGAAGAAGCGAUUCGGAUAUUCGGUGGCCAAGUGCGUGUGCGUGGAUCGUGUGUGCGUGCUCGAGUAAACAAAAAACUCGCGUGCGUGAGAUGAGCGUGUAAGUUGGGCGAGCCGAGUGAGAUGAGUGAGCAGGUUUAAAAUUCAAGUGUUAUUAGUUUGAAGUGAAAAACGGCUUUAAAAAAGUGUUAGAAGUGAAAGGAGUUACCCACUGAAAGUUUCCCAAUACUUUUCCAUGAAAAGUCCUUGCGUGUGCCUUUAAGAACGAGUGUUUAAAAAGUUGACCGAAAUGCAGCUGCAUCGAAAUCACUGUGACCACAUCCAUGCUUUUGCAAUCCGGAACGGAAGCUAAACCCCGUAAGCGUACACCUACUCUCGCAAAAUCCUUGAAUCCUUGAAUCGUGGCUGUAAAGCGCCCACCUUCAGCCAGCUCCACUAUUGGGAUUCGAGAAAAUUGUAUAACCGCUCGAUAGCUGGUGAUCAAAGGAAGAUCCAACAGUAUCUGCAUAAGACAUCCGACCCGAGAGGCGCUGUGGACACGCAUCGAAGCGUCAUGAAAUGUCAAUUGACCCAAAACAAAACCGAAAGUUUGAGUUUAUAGACCCACACACACACACUUAAAAAAAUCGACAAGGUCAACGAAACCUGCAACCGGUCGUCGUCUACUAAGCCGAUAAUGAUGGAGCCUCGCACCGAAAUCGAGACACACAAUAAUAAGUGAGCACGGAUUUUUGUUGCACGGGGUUUUCCUCAUUGUUUCGUCCCCCCCUUUUUUUGUUUGCUUCGGUCCACUCGCUUUAAAUUGGCCGGAUGACGAGACGAGAUCGUACUAACAAGCCGCGGAUCUCGUCGCCGGAAUAAAGAACCGCAAGAGAACAGCGCGUGAAGAAUAGAGCGAGCACGAACGCGCCACUCGCCCUCUCUUACCACGCGCAAACGGGAAAACCGCUAGUCUUGUGUCGCGCCCCGAAGACCGAGAAGUCAAUCAAUUUGGGAGUACACACCAACACGUACGCGUACAGAUAUUCAAAAGCCUGACACUGGUCGGCGAAUGCGGAAAGACGAAGCUCAACGACACCGAAAGACCCGUCGCUGAAGAAGCUGUCCGUUCCCUGCUUUUGCUUCCAACCGUACCGGGGGUGGGUUGUUGGUACAGGUGCACCACACACACACACACACACACACACACACACGCCCGUGCCGGCCGGUCAUCCCCUAUUUCUGCAAUAACCAACCCUCCCGACCCCAAGUACCACGGUCGGCAAAAGCGGCAAGAAUAAUUCGAUCGGGAGCCGAACCGACGACGAGCCGACCCGAACGCGCGACCCCCCCCCCAAUACUCAGCCGCCCCACAGCCAACCCACCGGCCACCCACCAGCGUACGCACUCGCACCCUGCUCAGCUGCGACAACGACACCGAGACCGAAACCGAAACCGACCGACCGACCGUCGUUCGGCGCGCGGUCGAACAAAACUUGCCUGCACUCGCCCGAAGCCGAACAGUCGGAAACUGCACGUUGCUCGGUUCGCAGAGCUAUUGGUCUAGUGGGGUGGCGCGCACGCUAACGCACAACGUCUGUUUGGGGCGCGUUGGGCCACACAAAACAGAUUCGGUGCUGAAGAAAACCGUCCGUCUCCGUGUGUGUGGUGUUUGGUGGAAAAGCGACCAGAGUGAAAGAGAUCGAAAAAGAAGCGUCCAGUGGCGAAUAUUGUGACGAAUUCUACCCCAAAAAGGCUCACACGCCGUGAAACAUAUGAUCGAAUUGUUGUGAGCGUGAAGAAAAAAACAGCGAUCAUCAGCAGCAGCACAGUAUACAUCUCGUAAGCUUGAUUUAUGUGCGAGCAAGAAAUCGUGCAGUGAGUGAAUUAUAUUGGUGGCAGUGAAGAAUACAAAGCCGAAAAAGUGUACAAUCCCACAGCGCGGGGCGAGUGCAUUUUUCUUCGCCGACAAAGUCAGGCCAGUCAGAGGUAGAAUUGCAUUUACUAGACAAACGCCGCCACGGUGGGGGACAGUGUGGAGUUUUCGCACAGUGUCGAGUGUUUUUCGCGCGUGGGAAACAAAAGGGUGCCAAGUGUGCCAUACCAGUGGCCAGUCCAGUGUGCGUGUGUGACAGUUGCUUGGGUGACAGAAACAGGGCCGAUUGUGCUGUGGUUCCAGCAAAAGGGAAUAAAUUAAAGAAGGUUCGACCCUCGAGGGUUUGCGUAUUCCGCACGACAAGACACGUACUGGCUUUGCUCUUGCAAGUGUUUGUGAGUGAAGUGUGUGUGUGUGUGUGCGUGUGUCAGGCAGUUUUACUGGUUUGUCGGACGACAUUCUUUCGGUGCAGCAGCGUAGCGGACGGUCGCGGUCGCGAAUCUAGCCGUGACUCCGUGAAUCGAGUCGAAAGAAAAUUCCGUUCCGGAAGUAGUCCGCCGAAUUUUGUUCGACGCAGCCCAAUGUAGGCAGCUACUGGCGAGGUGUUAGUGCUGGGACCAAAAAUGUUGCCAACCGCUGCCCGGUCGGUCGUGAGCUACAACCACCACAGGGGUAGUGAAACUGGUGCACAAUGUUAGCCAUAGACUGUCUGGUUGGCGGUCUGCUGCUCGGUUCGCUCGGCGUCAACACGCUGGCACUCGGUGCGUUCUGGACGACGCCAAGUCUGCGGACCACCGCCAACCGGUUCGUGAUCAACCUGCUGAUAGUGAAUCUCGUCUGCUGCUUCAUCCUCGGCCCGUCGCUGUUUCUGAAUGCGUUCACCGGCAAGACACCGGUGCCGACGCCACUGCCGGCCCCGGUCGACCUAUCACCGUCCACACCGGCGGCACACUACGACCCGACCGGGGGAGACUAUGGCAGCAGCAGCAGCAGCAGCAGUACGGCCGCGGUUGCACUGCUCCAGCGUGGCGAGUCGCCAACUCCGGCGAGUGCCCAACCGAAUCGGACGCGGAUAGUGCGGUGCUCCAAGAAUGGCACCAUGGGCAGUGUGGAGGAUGGUGCAAGUAAUUGUGAUAGGACAGGUGAUGACGGAACAAGGGAAGUUUCGGAGGAGGAGGAGGAAACGCCCUUCAUCCGCACAAGCCCGGUUCACCCGGGACAAACGGAUGCACUGCAUCCCAAUCUGACGCUCACCAAGAUACGGUGCUGGGGGUUAGAUCUGGUAGUGGCACUCGGAGCUCUCUCGGUACUGCUGGUGGUCGGUGACACCUGGUGCGCCAUAACCGAUCCACUGCGCUACCACUCCCGCAUAUCGGAGCUGAAGGCGUGGGCCUUCAUCAUCGCCAGCUGGGCGCUGGGGAUUGCGUUCGGCAUCGCGUCCGGUUUCCGGGGUGAUCAGAAGUACGUGACGCUGUUCAAGAAUCGGCUCACGGCGGAGGAGGUGGCCGCCAUCGAAUCUAGUCAUUGGGCCCGCAACCACACCGGCACCAGCGGUGCCGCUGCCGGUUUGCCCAACACCGAGGGUUUCAUCAACCACCUGAACAUCUCGGAGGAUCUGUACAACACGAUCUUCUCCUACGCGUACUUCGUGAUCGUCAUACUGAUCCCGUUCGCGCUCGUGUGCGCCAUGUACUGGCGGAUAUUCUCGGAGGCGCGUGAAAGUGGACAGCGGAUGCGGCAGAAUGGGUCGUCACCGUUACUGCAAAGUGCGCUAAAUCUCGUCUCGGCCCAAAAGCAUGCCGCAGUCGAGAAGCAACAGAUGCUGGAACAGCAGCAGCAGCAGCAGCAGCACCAACAGCAGCAACUACCGCAUCCGGCGAUACAACCGAUGCCAAGCAUUCCCGAGCGCCCGGGUGAGAGGGGAGACUGCGAGGGGCUAACGAUGAAGAUCGACAAGCAGAUCCACUACGAGGAUGAAACGAUCACGAUCAGCAGUAUACCGCAUCACCACCAGCAGAGGGACUCGUGCUUGAAGCCGCUGCUGCAGCAGUCCCCUGCUCCAACUCCGACGCACAAACCAACUCCACCACCGCAGCAGCAGCUCGAACUUUCCAACGAGCGUCCCGAUCGAAGUCCACAGGUGGUACAGAUCGCGACGCCAACAUCCGCCGCCAUUGCCGCACUGCCGAGUGUGCUCAAGUCUCCACUGCGACACGAUCGCAACCACAACAGUAUUCUGAUGCAGCAGCUGCCGGCGGAGAGUAGCGCGAGUGGGCCGAUCCCAACGCACCCGGGAUCGUCCCCGGCCACGGGGCUCGGGAAGGUGCGCCGCAAUCAUAGUGCAGGUCGGUUGGUGAGCUUCAGCCAGGAGGAACCGUCCGAGCUGCCGAUCAGUGGAUUGCGGCAGGUCCAUUCGACGCCCAACUUCCAGAAGUUCAGUGCCGGCGAGUUCGAGAGCCUCGGUACGCAUCACAUCCUGUCGCUGCCGGCCGUACACGUGCCGCCGAAAGCGCUCAGCUACAUGACGUCCAUCCGGCACCGGCUGUCGAACGCGUCGUCAUUGUUCAAGUACCGGGAGGAGUCGCGCGCCGCCCGGAUAAGCAUCCUGGUGAUCAUCAUGUUCCUGGUGUCGUACCUGCCGUACGGCAUACUGGUGCUGAUGCAAGGCCACGUCGAUCUGAUCAUCGUGUCCGAUCAGGCCCUGCUGGCGAUCUUCACCGUGGUGAUCGCGAACCUCAGCUCGCCGUUCAUCUUCGCCUACCGCAAUAAGCGCGUGCGGCGCGGCGUCAAGCGACUGCUCGGCAUCGACAAGAAGACGAACGAGCGGCUCCAGAAGCUGACCACCAGCAACACACACUUCAACAACCAUCCAGCGGUCCAGCAGCAGCAGCAGCAGCAGCAGCAUCAUCUCGGCAACUACGGUGCCAACAUCACGCUGGCGAAUGCCGUCGGGCAGGAGGAUGAUGUGCCGGAGGUGGUGACCGGGGGCCACAAGUCAUCGCACAAGGUGCGCAUCGCCGGUGCCGGCAGUGUCGGCGGUGGGCUGACGCGCAGCAAUAGUUCGUGCAAGUAUCUCACGCCAAAUCACGCGGCGGCCGUGGCCGUGGCGAACGGGUACAUAGUCGAGUUCGAGCGGUAUCCCUCCGACGAGCUCAAUAGUCUCUGCAUACAGAAGAAAUCGAUACUGAAACGGGUCUGUGAUAGUUCGCGUAAGUGGGGCUGCAACUUUGCCACCAAUUCCUGCACGAGCAAUGACGAGCAGACGGAGGUAUAGCUAUAAAGGGAGCUCCUGAUAUAAUGUAGCGGGAGCCUUAGGUCAGUGGUUAGGUUAGAUAGUAUGUUUGCACGGGUGCCAAAACCAAAGCGCGUUGGAGUGUAGCCUCACGGAGCACACGCCUUGAGGGACCUUGACGGUUGAGCGAUUCGCAUCAUGUCCUUCCAUCGCUUCAAUUAUUUAUUUAUCUUCCCCUCCAUCUGCUAGUAAAACCAUCCGCAUCUCAUCCAUUUUCCAGAACUCUUGUUAAAAUCUACUAUCGAAAGGAGACACUUCGCAAUAGUCCCAGACGGUUGCAUCAAAACGCUGACGUCUAAACCCCUUGGAGAAGAUAAAGAACACAGCCCGCUGCUUGUGGAGCUUUAGAGCACGUGCAUGCUUUCCGUACCAAACAACUUGGACGUCAUGUUUAGUAAUUCUUGAACGUUUGCAGCCAUCCCAACCCUAAGUCCUUGCAACAUUAAAGCUCACUCGACACCUAAAUAUAGGCGGCCGGGUACCACGUGGUGGGAACAUGGUUUUCCAUUUUUAAACUAACCCACCAUUUGUUGUUGUCGUUCCGGCUUGCCCCGCCGAAUCAAAUAGCACGGGGCGUGCUAGGAACGGGAAGCUCUCGAUUCCAGCGAGACACUGGACGCGGAAUCCACGCACCGCCUUUGACCGCGUGCAGGUAAUGUGAGGGCACCACAAAACAACAUGAUGAUAGUGUACGGAAGCCGGCUUUGGAACCGGCCAGUUCUCACGUUGACAAACCGUGGCCACAGUAAAUGAUGAUGUGUUGUCGCCUGCCAUGUGUACGCCACACACACAUCGCACGACACGUGGGGGAUUAAAAUAGGACUUUGGGACGGCAGGCGUUCUGGCGAGGCUUAGCAGAACGGGUCUGCCGUUCUGGGCGGCCUCAAUCGCCGACAUUCGCUGCGUACACGUUCCGUGUUGACGCAACGUUUAUGCGUAACGUUUGUAGUUAGAGGACGCACCCCCGCACCCAAAAAAAAAGAAGAAGAAAGGGAAUCGAACUUGAUGCCAUUGCUUCACAUCGUGCAUUUAAAUGUGAUUUUUAGUACAUGUUCAGCGAGUGAGGGAAGGUGUAAUUAGUACGACAAUUGUUUCUUGCACUGGAAGGUCCUUCCGACUAAAAUUAGAACUCCGGUCGUGAGUGGACUCUAUCUCAUGCAUGAUAAACACAUAAAACGGGCAAUGCGAAGCCAACGUUAACAUCCGACUUCAUUAGCACACCGACGGUGUGAGUGGUUUUCCGAUUGCAAGUAAUGAGUUCUUUGUCCGCGUCUGUCGGAGGUCCGUUCGGUGUUUUGGCUCAAUGGCCGGUAAUUAGUCCCCCUAGCAGCACUGAGUGGAAUUGAGUUGAUUUCAUUUGCAGCCAGACGAGUUUUAUAACAGCUCCAGUACUGAAGCAGCACACGUAAACGGGCCCGAGUGUACUGAUUGAUCCUCUUGCUUUACUGGCUGCAGACAACUUUAGAAAUGCAUUUCAUCUGCGUGUGCCUUGCGUGCGAUAUUAAAUCGAUGUUUUUGAUAGCAUUUAGUGUGAAAAAAAAACGUGUGGAAAAAAAGCAACAUUCAAGCGUAAGUUCGAUAAGUACCUCCUCUUCACGGCCGCACUCGGAUCUCCCGGAGACUUGUUCAGGCGUGUUACAUGAACGUCUUGAUUACUCCUGACAGCUUUGUUUCCCCCACCAUCUUAUUGGUAAACCUUAUUGUCCUGUCUUGUCGGCCCUUUGCUGCUUUGCUGCCAUUUGCCGGAGAGUGGAGAUAUUCGGCAAGUUGGGAAGAAAAACCCUUCGGAUGUCUAUUUUUGUAACGGAACAAGCCUAGCAAGCAAGUGUGUGUGUGUGUGUGCGGAUAAUAAUUCAUCACAUUCGAUCGGUGAAGUUCAAGAAUCGAUUAUCGAUCGGACGCACGGUUCGGUUGGUGGAUGCGUACACACUGAGCUUUAGAGAGUGCCCACAGCCACGAUGGUUUCGUUGGAGAGGGAAGUUAAUUUGUCUUUAAUGUGGCUUUAAUUCCUAUCAUCAGAGCACGCCACGUAAAUGACGUAAAGCUGGGCUCAGUGAUUUUAUGAAGGAGUGAAGGAGUAUUUUUGAAGAUAGCGUGAUGCAACCAGUACGAAUGAUAGCUUCCCACCGAUUCACCGAACUCAUUCAUCAUCGCGCAAUUUCCUUCCAUCAAGGUACCGAGCAGGUCUUCGGAACAGGGAUUUUAAAUAACAAUGUUUGCAUGUGUAGGAAUUGAGAGGUGAAGGUGCUUGUCGAGGCGUGCGACAGAGAGGAGCUAAAUAUGAGCUAAAUUAUAAUACCGUGAGGCACUACAAAAAACACAAACAACUGGGCCGAAUGUACAUUUAAAGCUAACAAACAAUCCGUGUCUACGAGUAAGUGUGUUUAGAUGCGUAUUUUUUUAAGGGAUUCCUUUAUCAUUUCUUUCGUUUAUAAUUUUGUUAUCCCUCCCUUUCUCUCUCUCUUUAAACUGACUGGUAAUAAUGCUUUAAAAAAAAAAACAACAACAUGCAACAACACAGACAUGAUACCUAAGCUAAACACAAACGUAGUAAGAGAAUUAGAAUUAUAUAUGUGUAUAUAUAGAUGAAUCCUGUCGUAACUGUGUUUAGCUCAAGCGCACUGCGGAAAAGAAGCAAAAGCUCAGCAUAAGAAAGAUGGCGGGCGCAGCAUAAUCAAUUAAUCGAAAUGGUGCUCGGUGUUUGGUUUGGAUACCGAAACGUUAAAACGGGAGAUGGUGGAAAAUGCUAGAAGUUAGACAAAAAAAAUGGACGCCUUUUCGAUAACAGUUACCAAAACAAAACAAAAAAUCGUAUGCAUGAUGGCCACUCUUCCAUCCCAGGGUUUCCUUACAUCGGUUGGAAGUAAUCCGUUGCUUUUAAUUUUAAACUACAAAAUGAAGAGUUAUUUUUGCUAUAAAACGAAAAAAAAAACACAUUCUAUUUGCAGCCAACUACAGACAUUUAAAAUGAGCUGAAAGUUAACUAAAUUCUACGUAGUAGAGAGCUUUUAGGACAAACAAACACAUACAAACGCUGGGAAAGAUUACUUCUAAAGUAGGCGGUGGAACACAGGGAGCGCAUGUUAUUUACUCUAGGAGGCUAAGGUGUGCAACUGAAUUUCUAGACUUUCCCUCCCUCCGGAAAAACAAAACAAAAUGGUGCAUAGAGACUCUAUUUAGUGGUAAAUGGGCAUUUGAACACGCAAACACACUCUUUGAAAAUACCUAAAACAGUACAUCGAACCUUUGGGGAGUUAGACACACUAGUUAGAAAACACCAUGACUGCAAGCAUUUGAUGAGCGCAAAUCAAAGCAAGACCCGCAGGUUCAAGCUACACUGUACUGUGUUAGAAUGUAUUAGAUAUCAAAAGCUGGAUCGCUUGUAGCUCUUAGGGCAUCACCAAGGAGUAUCAUUGGAGAAAGAGAGGGCGACACAUUUAGAGAUCUAUUCCCCGUGCCAUUCGGAUGUUUGAUGUAUGGAUUAUGAAGCACGGCACUAGCCCUUAAAGGUGAAGGUAUAGGACCCUCCACAGCACGGCAGCAAUCGACCAAAUAGACAGUUAACGCCACGCACUGUAAAUCAGUUCACGUACAAAGGGCGCUCCAUAACACGGGUUUUCCCACCAACGAACCCUUUCGAUGCCAUUGACCCAAGAAACAUAAUUCCAACCGACACAUGCCAAUCGAUCCCGGGGAAGAACGAUCCCGAGGAAGCCUGCAACAUGCAAGACGCAACAAAACAAAACUCACUGGCUAGCGCUGGACGUAACUUGACAGUGUGCAACAGCCUGAACCGUCGUAGAGUGGUUGAGACAUGCGGCUUCUUCUGCCGUACCAUUGUUGCACUGAACUGGUUUUUCCGUGCGUGUGUGUGUGUGUGGUACUAGAAUACGAAGGGCACACGGGUUAGGUACAAGGGGGCCACGGUGAACGUACAGUGCGGAGCCCUAAGUGCGCGAGCCCAGGUCGUUUGCUGUUUUGCGCUGCAAAACACGCUCGUCCGCACUGAAGGUCGUCUGUGAGGGUGUUUCGUGGGGGGGAGGGAGGAAGUAGCGAUCGAAGCGGACCGAAGACCGAAGGGGCCGAAGUUGGAAAAGGGAAAGUAAAUCGUUCCAAACUAGUUCGAAUCGAUACGCGCGGCUCGAUAGCAUAGCCGAAGAACAUGUUCUACGCGCGUGCCCGCAAUGAUUCGACGAUCGAUUAAGCAGAAAUGGAAUCUCAGCACACUUGGUGACGCACACAGCACUCACCCCGAACAGGGAAAUCAAAGCUCCAGGAAGCGAUUUUACGACAGCUGCACUGCUGUGGUUUCUCUCUCCUUGUACCUAUCGGUCCUUAUAGGGUCUAGCUGCUGCGCCGAAAGCCUUGUAGCUCGAUUGAUAUUAAUGUGUCGCACAGGUGCAGAAUUUCUUUUUUAAUUUAUUUUAACCCACAAUCCCGAACAAUCGAAAUCGAACCUCGAACUCUCAAACACUCUCUGCACGGCAGCCACCAUUGUAGCGGCUAAGCUUAGCUACACCCCAUAUACCCAUACACCUUACCAGGCAAAAAAACCCAGCGUAACCGUUGCUUUAUGCGGUGCGAUAAGUGUUUAGUUGCGAAAAAAAACGUGUGUGCACGCGUGUUACUACUAGCGUAAGCGUGCAAACGAGAGGAGAAGCAGGGUAGGAGAGCCGAAAGAAACGUAGGAGCAAACAGAGAAUGAGACUAAGAAGAAAAAAUGGUGGAAAUACUGAUACUGAGAUGAUGAAAACAAAACAAAAUCAAAGAAUCGAAAUGUUGAGUAGUUUUAUGCUCGGAAAGUUUAAGAGAAAAAAAUACAACAAACAAGUAAAUAUAUUUAAAAAAACACACAUAAAAACACAAAACAAACUACACUACCACUAACUUGAAGGAAUAAAAGAGCAAAGGUACGAAAGCGUAUUAAAUGUA